AUGAUUCUCGAAUCGACACUCGGCCCUGAAAGAAAUGAUCAGCCACCACUCGACCCAUCCGCCGCGACUACCAUUGCCGAGAUCAUGUUCCCGCCGGGCAUGGGCGCAGGCAACCAAGAGCCGACGAAGGACGAGUUGACAAAGAUCUUCGGGGGGCUGUACUGCGCUGAAUGGUACAAUUGCCUCUUCGGGACGAAGGACGGAUGCGCCGCCGUUGUCGGGCAACUCCAUCCGGACAAGCUCUUCCUCGCCUACGGUACCUGCCUCAAGAACAAUGGCCCCGAUGACCUGAAGGCCGCCUGCCCCGCCCUUGCCAACGAGGCGACGAAGGACUGCGGCAAAAAGGCCGACAAGAUCAAAAUGGCCGGCCUGAAGGAGAAGGUCGGCAAGCUGUGCACCUACUACGACAACAAGUCGAUGUUCAUGAUCAUCGGCGGUGUCCUGCUCGCCGUCGGGUUGCUGCUGAUCGUGGGCGGCGUCGUGUUCUGCAUGAAGGGCGGCGGCAAGAAGAAGGAGAAGAGCGUCUCCAACUCGGAUCCGGAGUGG